GUUACCAACUUUAUAGUAUUGAAGAGGAAAACAGCUGCUAUGUGACAGCUUCAUGUAAUCUGUCGUGUCUGGUGGCAUUUGAUGGUAAAAGAUUCGCUUGAAUUCACGAUAAUUUGAAUAACAUGUGAUUAUGAUGUGAAAUUCCGACAAGAAUUUUUUUAAGAUUAUUUAGGACGGAUUCCAUUUAACGUUCGCAACGACGCGAGCGUCAUUCUACCUUUGUUUCUUGCUGGAUAUUGAAUAAAAAUAGAAUGACGCAUCAUUAUAUUUAUCAUGCAAGCUCCUCUGUGAGCACUAAAACUAUAGAACUACCUUUUUGAGCAAAUGCUUUUCUGAAGAAAGGCUAUACAAUGUUUUCUGCUAUUAAAAGAUUAGCUGGCAAGUCUGAAGGUAUUGGUAAUGUGUCUCCUAGACCAGCCCAUCAGUCUAUGCCAACAAAUCUACAAAGAAAAUUUGCUAAGGGUGUUCAAUACAACAUGAAAAUAAUAGUAAAAGGGGACAGGAAUGUAGGAAAAACAUGUUUAUUUCAUAGACUGCAGGGGCAAAAGUUUAUCGAAGAAUAUAUACCCACAGAAGAGAUACAAGUAGCUAGUAUACAGUGGAAUUAUAAAGCCACAGACGAUGUGGUCAAGGUCGAGGUAUGGGAUGUCGUAGAUCGUGGCAAACGUCGCAGGCGCUUAGAGGGCCUGAAAAUGGAUAAUAUUCCAACUGCAGAGACUAAUGUUAUCGAAGAGCCUGCACUAGAUGCUGAGUUCCUGGAUGUUUACAAGGGUACUAAUGGCGUCAUCAUUGUUAUGGACAUCACUAAGAGCUGGACAUUUGACUACGUUCAAAGAGAACUGCCGAAAAUACCAAGCCAUAUACCUGUUAUUGUUCUUGGUAAUCAUUGUGACAUGUCUCAUCACAGAACUGUCACUGCAGACCACGUGACAUACUUUAUAGAUUCGUUGCAUGAGAGAACUGCACAGGUGAGAUAUGCGGAGUCAUCGAUGCGAAACGGCUUUGGUCUCAAGUUGCUGCACAAGUUUUUCAAUCUACCAUUCCUGCAACUGCAGCGCGAAACAUUGCUGAAACAACUCGAUACUAAUGAAGAAGAAACGCGGCUGACCAUCCAGGAACUCGAUCUCUUUCAGGAUAGCGAUGAUGCGGAUUACAACAAGUUUCUGGACAAUCUUGUAAAUCGACGGAGGGCUCUCGCAGAUUCGGUAUCUGCUAGUAAUCUAGUUUCAAAUGUCAUUUCGUCGUCCACAAAUAGCCAUCAUCUUACACCACUGACAGGAAGUAGCAUAAAUGUUACUGGAGAGGUCAGAAGAUCGGCCUCAAUGCCAGGUCCGAUCGGCGGUGGAAAUCCUAUACCAAUGAAAAGUUUAGAGCUCAAGUUGAGUUUACCGAAGAAGGAGAACUUGACGACAAGUACAUUAGAUAAUUCAUCUAAUGCUGUGAAGUCUGCACAUAUCAUAAUAUCGUCUUCUGUUGCACAAAAUAUUGUUUCGAAAAUGGGAACAGCUAAAUCGACAGAGUCUGUAAACGACAAUGGCGAAAGAAGAGACUCGAUUAGUCGGCCGCAGUCACUCAUGUCAAAGAUUUUUGGCCACAAGAAAGAGGAUGAGACUGAUAAAUUGUCACAUAUCAAGAAUCUUACCUUGAGUGUGCCGUUGACUAGCGUGGAGGACUUUGUGCCAGAUGACGGAAUGUUAGACAGAUCAUUUUUAGAAGAUAAUAGCCAAGUUUCGCCGCUAAAGAUGCAACAAAUGCAACAAGAAGAAGUUGAUUCAGAGAGUGACACGGAAACUGGAAACCCUUUAGUAGCCGGUUACGAAGACGACUUAUCCUCUAUUGAGGAGAUAGCAUCACCUGUUCAACUAAAACUAGCGGAAAAUCCACUGUUUAAACAAAAGUAUAAACUGGAAACACUAUCAGGUCCAGAGAAAAGCAACGAGAAAUUACGACCGAGCGGCAAACGUGACUCAGUCUCCUCAAUAGAACAAGAACUGCAUAUCCCUGACUAUGAACCGAAUGAACAACCGGAUACAAACUCGGACGCUUUUGACAGUUGGUUGCGACGUGAUUCUAAAUGGCGACAAAGUCCCGAAGGAGGAGAGGACGUGAGCAGUACUAGUACGAGAAAAGACAGGUUGGAACUUAGUGAUAAAAGUCUAGAUGUCAGCGUGACAAGUUCUAACGUUCACUUGGAGUUACUUGAUGAUACCAACAUGCGCCACGUAAGCUCAAAUGGCAGUAGUCCAGUGAUGAAGGAGAGAAAGAAGCACAGAGAUAAAGGAGACGAGAAGGAAAAGAGGAAAAAGAAAAAAUCAAAAGACAAGGAGAAAGACAAGGAAAAAUCGGAGAAAACGGAAAAAAAGAAAAAACGUUCGAUACAUCGUUUGAAAGAUGAGAACAAAGUACGAGAUGAACUCGAGGAAUUUUUGAACGGCUCGGUAACAAGAAUCGGUGUUGAUGUUGCCUAUGAAGCGAUAUAGCAUUCCAGAAGGAUCAUAAAAGUCGUUGAUAUUUUUUAACGUGUUGACUGUUUCACUGGGUUGUGUAAGUGGGUGCAUAAAUUUUGCACUGUGCUGUACCAAGUUGUAUGAACCAGCGCUGGAUUUUUGACUAUUAGUCGCAGUACUGUGGGGUUAUUGGCAAAUAUUUUUUAACAGUCAACAUGUUAAGAAUUGUGCAUUUUUCGAAACUUACAAAACUUCUCUUGAUGUUAAUACAUGUUACGUUCUUUUUUCUUUUUGUGAAAAAACGAAAUUCUUGGUGGUGAAAGAGAAUUUUGCGAAAACAUAAAGAUAUGUUACAGAUUGCGCUAUCAGCUUAUACAAAAGAAUAUUUCGUUUGUAGUAGAUGCAUAAGUGUGGCCUGAUAAAUCCCUUUCUGGAGAUCGUAACACUCAUGGAUCCUGUUUCAGUCUGUCAUGAUUGCCAAGAUUGCAAAGAUUUUACGGAAGAUACUAAGUUAAUAAUCAAAAUUAUUCAUAUUAUAUUUCUGAUCUAUUGAAUUUUUUAUGGUUUUUAAUAUAUAUUUGAAAAACUUGCGAAAAUGUUCAUUAUAUGAAUUAAUAUCAAACAUAAAUAUAAUUUUUAUAGUAUGAUAUGUACAUACGUAUGUAAUGUAAUAAUUACGUGGAAUUUUAAUGUCGAAAUUAUUUAUUAUACUUUAAUUAUUACUUGCUCAGAUAAUUGUGUAAAAUUUAGCUACGUAUAUUCAUAUACAUUUAUCGUUGAUAUCGUUUAUAUGAAUCUUGUUUAUUCUAUUUAGUUGGACCACUGAACUUUAUACUAUAUUGGGAUACUGGGUGCUAUGAAAAGAAACGAGCGAAACAAAAGAGAAAAGAAGUCAUAGACCGGUAUUCAUAAUUGAAUCUUAUACAGGAUGAGCAAAAGUCUGAAUACAGUCGAACAUUUCGUAAACGAUGCAACUUUGAAAAGAAUGUUUUAGAUGAAAGUUGUAGGGUUUAGGAAGAUCAUUUUGAUCUUAUCAGUUUAAUCUUGGGUUGAGGCGUCAAGGUCAAAUGAAAAUCAACUUCAAUGUUUUGAAUGGAAUCAUAUAGUUUUUUCAACAGGUUGAUUCUUCUGUUCAAUCUGUAUAUAAAAGUAUUAAAAUAAUCAUCGAAAGGUGAAUACUUUUCGAGAUAUUUUACUUUUCAUCCUUUUUUU